AUGCAUGCUUUUAUAAAAAUGACAUUAUGCAAUACAGAUAAAGUAAUGGAUAUUGGUGAGUAAAAUAAUUUGAAUAUUUUUGAUCAUUGCAUGAUGAAAUGGAAUCUAAUAAUCUUGAUAGGAUUUAUAUUAAAAGAGGGUUAAAUUAGGAUAUAAGAGAAGAAGCCAAGUAAGAAAAUUGUGAUAAUCAACUGUGUUGGUAGAUUUAUCAUCGGAAUUUAAGUCUAACUUGAUUUAUGA